AUGCCUCAAUAUGAAUUAUCAGUUAUAUUUAAAGCUUUGGGAAGAAUGGAUCUAUCAAAAGCUAUCAAGAGGACAUCAGAAACAAUAUUAAAUAGUGGUGGUGUCAUUAGAAGUUUUGAUAAUGUUGGCCUAAGAAAGCUUCCUUAUAAAAUGUUUAAACAUGGUAACAGAUAUGAUGAAGGAAACUAUUACAUAAUAAAAUUUGACUGUCCACCCAACAUAGUACCUGAUCUAAAAGCACAUUUCAAUCUAGAUUUGGAUAUUGUAAGGCCCAAGAUUUUAAGGCAAGAAAAAGAAAUAUCAAGACCUUGUCAUCACAGGCCGUGUGACUUUGGUGAAAUGAAUAUAGACAUGAGAGAAAGAUUAAAAGAUGAUUUAAAUAAAUAUAUUAAAAAACUGUGA